UUUCUCCAUCAAACUCCAUUUUCAUCAAAUAUAUUGUCUAUAUAUUUCUACAUAUUGGGCACAUUUUGGUAGGAAUGUACACAUACAUGGGUUGUCUGCAGUUGGAGCAGUAAUCACCGUCAAGUCGCUCGAGAGAAUCUGUACAGUGAGUUUGGAUAGCGUUCAUAGAUCCUAGAUCAAUGUCAUUGAGUUGAGUCAUACAAUAUGCACACACAGAUAGAGCUCCUCCAGUCGAAUAGCAGAAUUGAAUAAUGCAGUGUUUCGUGCGAUCAUCCAAAGCGCGUAAUUCCACACUAGGUAAGGUAAACGUCCCAGUGGCCGGACACGUCCCAAUGGCCGGACAAAUUGGAGAAAAAUAUUACUAUUUAUUUAAACAAUUAAAAAUGAAAAUAAUAAUUAUUGUAAAAAAAACUUUAAUAUUUAACAAUUAAUUGGGAAAAAGAAGUAAACCUAAUUAAACAUUUUUGUAUUUAAAAAAAUUGAUUAAAUGAGCAUGUGUCUGUUUUUUGUGAAAAUGAUGGCCAAUCGUUAACAAAUUCGUUAAGCGCAAGCAUAUAGCUAAUAGUAUAAAAAUUGGAUAUUUAAUUAUAUUUGUAAAUAAAUAAUCAAUUAUCUAAUUUUAAAGAUUAGUUAGAAACUCGUUUUGACGAAAUUCAUCCUAAAAAUCACAAUUAAAACGAUAAUUUUGAGUGUCCGGAUAUUGGUACAUUAAAAAUAUCAGUAUUCCCAAUCGCCGGACGCAUGUGCGAGCGCAAUUUGAAAGGUUAGUGUCAUGCAGUGUCGCUUGUUGGAAUCGAUAGAUUUUUGCGGUAAGUGUAAUAAUUACAUGUUUUUAAAGGCAUUUAAUUGCAUAUGAGACUUUUUAAAACUACUCACCGACAAUUUAUCUUCAUUUAUAAAUGUUAAAAUAAGUUAUUAAUUCAUAAUAGCUAUUGUUAUAAUAAUCAAAGUCAAAAUUUAUUUUUUAUAACCUCCUUGAGUGGAAAGUCUUUUUAAAAUUAUGAAUAAAUAUAUUAGAGAUUAAAAAUACUCAAUUAAUUAAUAGAAAACUAAAUUUUUACUUUUAUAGGUAAAAUGAAGACAAAAAAGCAAGUAAGAGACAAUGAUGCUCGGUCAUCAUUGAUGAAUGCACUGCAUGAUGUUCGUCGAGGGAUUCCGCUUAGACAAGCCAGCAAAAUGUACGGAAUAUCAAAAAGUACGCUACACGAUAAAUUAAAAAACAAAUCAAAAAUUGACUCUACAAUGGGACCAUCGACCGUUCUGUCUCCAGAAGAAGAAAAGGAGUUACUUAACUGGAUUUUUUAUAACAGCGAAAAAGGCUUUCCGGUGACGAAGGAUCAAUUUUUAGAUAGCGUGCAAUUAUUAAUAGGUCAGUUGCAAAGAAUAAAUCCUUUCACGAAUAACAGACCUGGACGUCACUGGUAUGAGGCAUUUAUUCGUCGACACCCUGAGCUGUCACGUCGAAUUGCGCAAAAUUUAACAACUAUAAGAGCAUCAGUUACUGAAGAUUGUUUAAGAAAGUGGUUUAAUGAAGUUCGUCAGCACUUGCUAAAAAAAGAACUGCUUUUUAUUGAUGCUUCACGGUACUUUAAUUGCGACGAAAGCUCCUUUUUAUUAUGUCCAAAAGCAGAGCAAGUUAUUGUCAAAAAAGGUGCUAAAUCAGUAUAUAAAAUUGUAAAUGCUGACGAAAAAGAGGCACUGACAACAUUAGUAAUGAUUAGCGCUUCCGGAGUUAUGGCACCUCCUAUGAUAAUGUACGCUUAUAAAAGAAUACCAGUAAUUAUAACACAGAACAUCCCGAAACGCUGGAGCAUUGGAACUUCAGACAAAGGAUGGAUGACUGCUGAGUCGUUUUAUGAAUAUGUUACUAACGUAUUCUACCCCUGGCUGAAAACCACUAACAUUGUAUUCCCUGUAGUAUUAUUUGUGGAUGGUCAUUCCUCGCAUUUGACAUUGCCUUUGAGCAAUUUUUGUCGACAGCAUGAGAUUGAGUUAAUAGCUCUGUACCCGAACGCCACGCAUAUUUUGCAGCCAUUAGAUGUAGCGGUGUUCCAUCCUUUAAAAUCAUCGUGGAAGAAAACUGUCAAUAAUUGGAGGCUAGAAAAUAAUGGAGGACGUCUGAAAAAAGAGAUGUUUGCCCCACUGUUACAAAAAGCUAUUGAUUCAAUAGAUCUUGCCUCCAUGGCUAAAAAUGGAUUUCAAACGUGUGGACUCUAUCCUUUUACACCGGAUGCCGUUAAUUUUAAUGUUUUGAACAAGCAGAAGAAAUCUGAAGCUAAGAAAACUGAAGAAGCUGAGAAAACUGAAGAAGCUAGUAAAAUGGAUAUGAUAAAAUACAUUAAUUUUUUUGAACAACAAUUGCCGGAAGGAAUGAUCGACAAAUUUAAAGCGGCAGAGACAGCAGGAGUCUGGAAUUAUGAAAUUGAAAAUGAAGGUCUUUUUCGGUACUGGUUGGAGAUUAACAGGAAAACCGGUAACUCACCUGACAAAAUCCAAUUUUGAAUAGCACAAAUUUAUUUAAAAAAAAUGAUAAACACUGUAUAUUUACAAUCAAUCAAAUGUAUUAAUUGUAAAUAUUGUAAUUUAGAGUACUUACAAAAUAAUUAUGCAGAGUUUAUUUUUCUACGUUGAAACUCAUUUUAAAAACUUACUAUUUUUUGCGUCUUUAUUCCAAUUUAAUAGGAAAUAUUGGUUGUGAUAAGUCUAAUACUCCUACAAGAGAUAGUUUCAAUAGCAUUGAAGAACAAAGAACCGGUCAGAUAUCUACAGAACAGGGUCGAAAUGCGACAAACGAUGAUCAAGAAACAUUGCAUAUAGAUGAGGAUACUCCGGUUAUUUUAUGUUUGGAUGAUAUCCAAGAAGCUACAGCCACUGAUAGUAUUUCAGCAGAUAAAAUAGUAAUCAUUCAGCCUGAAGACCAGAUGCAACCAGAUAUCGUCAAUCUUUUGGAAUGUCAGGAAGAAAAUACAACCUUUGAGAAUACUACGGUUCAGUUGAUGGAAUUUCAAUCUGGUAUCGACAAUUUGGAAAAUCAGGAAAAUAACGAAAACAUUCAAAAUACUGGUACGAGGCAAGAUAUUCCGAAUGUUCCUUCUCCUUUUAAAAAUACUCUUUUUUGGCCUGGAAAUUCAACUCAAAAUAAAAAGAAAAGAUUGAGGGAUAAAAUUCCGGCAGUUGCGACUUCAGAUGAGUGGCAACAAUAUCACAUGACGAAAGAAGAAGAAAAAGUUCAAAAACAAAAAAUAAAAGAAGAUAAUAAGAAAAAAAGAGAAGAAAAAAGGCUGCAAAAAA